AUGCAAAAACUCAUCAGAAAAAGAAAUACUCAUGUAAUAUAUCUGAUCUCGCACGCUGCCUGCUUUACGCAGAUCUACCUCAUCUACACAUACGGCGCCAACGAGAUGACCACACUUUGCGUCAUGGCCUAUGAUCGCUACCUGGCCGUGUGUCACCCGUUGCACUACCACACCAGGAUGACAGUGAAAAAGGCCCUGACCCUGGUCGGUCUGGCCUGGCUCUUUCCCAUCUUCAUCCUCACCACGGUCAUCUACCUGUCCGCAACGCUGCCCCUGUGCGGCAACGAGAUCCAGAAGGUGUUCUGCGCCAACUGGAAUGUCGUCAAGCUGUCGUGCGUGCCAACGAUGGUCAACAACGUGGUGGGCAUGUUCAUGACAAUCUUUACCGUUUUCAUCCCGUUGGCCUUCGUCCUCUACACGUACACACGCAUUAUGAGCAGCGCCUGGCGACGGUCGGCCAAAUACAAGGGAAGAGUAUUCCAGAGCUGUUUGCCACACAUGGUCUCCUUUGUCAUUUUUUCCAUCGCCAUAUUUUGUGAUAUCGCCUUAAGCAGGUACAAUGUGGAGCAGAUGAACCCCUUCGUAGCCAUCAUCUUAUCUCUUGAGUUUGUGGUCAUUCCGCCAGUUCUCAAUCCUCUACUGUAUGGGAUGAAGCUGUCGGAUAUACGCAGACACAUCUUCAGGAUGCUGUGA